AUGACCGGCUUGGGUGAAAAAGUUUCAACUUCAACGAUAACUCCUAAUACUCCUGAUUCUACUACUACACCAUCAUCAUGGGGGUUUGUUUCCUUAUUUAAAAACAUAUCAGAUUAUCGAAAGAAACUAAAUUUGCCCAAUCCGGGCACUUUUGAAAAUCUACAUCGCGAGGUUAAAGCGACAUUCCUUACGAAUCAUUUAUUCGAUGGUGCUAGAGUCGACCUUACUAAAGUCUUAUCACAAAACAUGCAAGUCACACAUUCAUUUUCUAUGGGUUCCACGGUAACUCCUCCAUUGUAUAAUUUUGGUGCUGCUUUUAUCGGUGCGAAAUCAUUUCUUCAUGGUACAAUUGAUACAGAUGGUAGUUUAACAGCGCGUAUGAAUUAUGCAUGGAAUGCAAACAAUGUGACAAAAAUACAAGCUCAUGUGUUCAAUAUCACCAGUGACAAGAAAACUAAAUCCAGGGACAAUCUUUUGUUCUAUCACCGCACUUACACGACCAGUCUGAUAGCAGCAAAUCGAUUGUUCGAAAAUAAAAUUUUUUACCUGUCCUCUAAACGUUGCGGCUCUAAAAUCGAAUUUUCCACCCUUGAAAACAAAUUCGAACAAUUAGCAACGGCUUUGGAUGGCUGCUGGACAAAGCGAGUAUCGCCUACACCAGGGCAUUCGAUGCUUCAACUUGAACAAGAUUAUCAGGGUUCAGAUUAUUCCGUCAAUUGUAAAACUAUUAACCCAUCACCAGUGGAACAAACUGGUAUUUUUGUUAUGAGUUAUUUUCAAUCUGUAACGCAAAAACUUGCCAUGGGAGUUGAAACGGUAUAUCAGAAGCCGACGCCCGACAUCGAAGAAACAUCGAAAUCAUUGGUUUUAAAAUACAGCGGAAAUGAUUACGUCACAACAGUCCAAUGGCAGGAAGUUGGUGCUCUACAGGCUUCUUACUAUCAAAAAAUUAAUGAAAAAGUGGAUUUUGGAACUGAACUUCAGAUUAUUUUAGCAGCUGGUCGAAGAGAAGCUGUGUGUACAGUAGGUGGAAAAUUCGAUUUUAGAGCCGCAACGUUUAGAGGACAGGUAGAUACGACUGGUCGUGUAAGUGCGGUGAUAGAACAAAAGAUUGUCCCUGGAUUUAGUUUUCUUGUCACUGGUGAUAUUGAACACAUGAAGAAUACAUCGAAAUUUGGAGUUGGAUUCCAAUUGGAGCAAUAG